GUGAGAACAGACAUACAGAAUACGAUCAAAGUUUUACUCCAGGUUAUUCACACACACUUCCUGAUCAUUUUAUUACAUCACCAGCAACAUCACUUAUUUUGAUGUUUCAUAUAAACAGAAGGGAAUGCACACCUCCCUUUUCAUACCGCUCCUUUCACUUUAAUGUCUACAUUGUAAUUCAAACAAUACAUUAUAAACACAUCAUUUCAAAGUGUUGAAUAAAUAAUAUCGGAGUAUUCUACUUAAACAUGGUGUCUGACGGCGAAGACCAUUGUUCGGAGGACACUAAAUUUAUUCGCCGGCCAACGAAACCUGGUGGACGCUUACCACGACCACGCAGUGCCUCUCAAAUAAUUUCAAAUCCUAAAUUAGUUAAGAGUUUACAAAAUCUUGACAUUGCGCCUCGUUUGGGUUUAAUUAGGCCUGCGUCUUGUGUCAACAUUCGUGUUGAAGAUUCAGGCAGACGGUUCCAGGAAGAGUUUGAGUUACAGAAAAGUCAACAAAGUGGUGGUGGAAGUUUAGUUCGUGGCGUGUGUCAGAAAUACUUGGGAAUUAUUUUGGCACUUUUUGCCAGUCUUGUGUUCUCCCUGUCGUCAAUUAUUGUCAAGGCCAUUUCUGAGAACUACCAUCCUUACACUCUUUCUCUUUGGACAUUUCAAGGGUUAUUUCUCCCGUCCUUCGUUGUUCUCUUGUUUCAAUGUGGCUUCGGGAAGAAUCCCGUCUGCCACCGGAUAUUGCCUCUCAGAGCAAAAGGAAACUUUUUGAACUUUUCCUUGGUUGUGUUUCGAGCUUUUUGCGGAGCUGGUGGGACCGUCCUCAAGGUAUACUCUUUGCAGUAUAUGACCGCUGCAGAUUCAACAGUGAUUGCUUUUAGCUCACCCGUGUUUGUGGUUAUCGUCGCGUGGAUGUGUUUGGAUGAAAAAUGUGGCGUCGUUCCAAUCGUUACUGCUGUUGCUGUGCUCGUCGGUGUCGGAAUUAUUACGAGACCACCAUGGAUUACCGGAGAAAAGGAAUUCGACACAAAGCUGUUGAUCGGUUGUUCACUGGCGACUGGCUGUAUGCUUCUCAGUGUUUUUACCGUCGUCAUUCUACGAUACAUUCGCGACGUUCAUUAUGCUGUUAUAGCAUUUUUCUAUGGAUUAAUUGGGACAAUGGUCAGUUUAGGACUGUGUGUGUGGGAAGAUGAACUGAAAGCUCCAGAAACUAUUCAACAUUGGUUUUACGCCGUCGGAGUAGCGUUCUUGACAUUUGUCGGGCAAAAUGCCCUCACCCUCGCUCUCCAAUACGAACAAGCCGGUCCAAUCUCUUUGAUCCGGCCUUCCGAGAUUUUAUUUAUUUUCGUUUGGCAAUUCCUCUUUCUCAACAAAAUUGCUGACUGGCCUAGUUUGGUUGGAGCCUUGAUCGUAUUCAUGGGAGUGCUGACAAUCACGGCAAGAAAGUGGAUUUCCACGCUGCCCAAAGCGAACCAUUUCCGCAAAUCAUGUGGUGUUUUACUAAUAUGAAUUAAUGAACUGUAUUAAAUUUUGUAUAAUGUGACAUCAAUGCAAUAAAUGCUAUUUUACAUACAUUUUAA